UUGCAUUUUAGUGCACUUUGGAGCAGGCAAAGCGAAUAAGCUAUCUGAAAUAUUUUGACUAAGUAGAUAUAAUCGACUCAUACAUUGAAGUUAAAAUGUUUUCGAAGCCAUCAAAGCAAGAGCACCAUGAGCAGCCAAUCCUUCAUGUAGCUUCCCGAGAAGCUCCUAAUGAUUUUAAAGAAAUCGCGCUGAGCAGUACCAAUAAUGUGUUUUUCAAGGCAUUGUUCGCUAUAAUGAAUGACUUUGACGAAGUUGGUGAGGUCAGCGAAACCAGUUUAGCGAAAUUUCGAGACUCCAAUCCUUUGGCAAGAAAACGUAUUAAGGAGUUGAAAGGAAUGAAAAAAACUUUUUUCAAAGAGCUCGAAGUUGAAGCAAAGAAAGGAAACGAAAUGAUUCAAAGAAGUCUGAGAUUCUACGAAGCAUUAUUGGAAGCCGACAGACUUCGAUCAACUAAAGAUCUUAAACGGAAAAUCAAACCUGCCCCAUCUGAAACAAUGUAAACAUAUAAUCCACGAGGACCGUCAGUAGUGAACGGAACAAGAGAAACUUAUUCCAAAAUGGAAUUACAUUUUUAUUAAUUUAUAAUGAAAAUGUUGCGGAACUGCAUUAUGCCCAUCAUUUUAAAUAAAAACUUUUGGA